AUGGAUCAGGAUGCUGAAACCCCGGCUUCGGGGUCGCCCUUGUCGGAAAUCGACUCUGAUGAAUUAUUUCCUGAAGAUGUCAAGUUCAAUCAACGAUCACGUUCCCACUCCCCAGAUUCGACUCUCUCGGUCUCAGACGACGGCUCUAUUUCUAUCCUGAGCACAACAGGCAGACCGGCCGACAUGCCUCCGACCAAACGUCGCAAAACAGGCACAGCGAGCUAUGAUCAUGCCACACCUCAAUCUGGCUCUACUGCCAACCCACCGCGAUCGCCAACAGGCUCAAUAUCGAGCGACUCAUCAGGAUCUGUGCCCACAUCACCCUCGUUUGCGCACCUUGGCCCAACCCAUCCCCUCUCCACCGCCUAUGCCGCCGCACAAGCAAACCCAGAGAACCCCGAAGUGGCCGACUACGUUCAAGUUACAAGAUGCCUUUGGGACAACUGCGAAGAUCGAGAGCAGGGAAACAUGGACAAUCUAGUGGCCCACAUCAAUGAUGUCCACAUCAUUCCGCGCCAGAAAAAAUACUACUGCGAAUGGGAGGGCUGCGCUCGAAAGGGUCAGCCACAUACCAGUGCUUACGCGUUGAAAGCUCAUAUGAGGAGCCACACGAAGGAGAAGCCAUUCAUGUGUGCCUUGCCAGAAUGCGACCGCAGUUUUACCCGGUCUGACGCGUUGGCCAAGCACAUGCGAACUGUGCACGAAACAGAAGCCCUUCGGCCCAGUGACCCGGUUCCUCGUGGCCACACCGGAGGAAUUUCCAAUGGAGGCGCAUCCUUGGCGCCACUGAAAAGAAUCAAGCUGACUAUGGGCGGGAAAACAAAUGGUGACAAAAAAGCGUUGCUAAUUGGCGACCUCCCACCACUGCCCCCCCUCCAGGGUGUGGGAAGGGAUCUGGAAGACGUGGACAUGGUUGGUGCCGACGGGAGCGAGAAAUUCGCCGGUGCGCUUGACAUGGACAGCUUCCCUUUCACUCUCCCCGUGCCUCCCGACUAUUACCCAACCGACAUCUACGAGACGAUGGAUGAGUAUGAGCGAAGCUUACCACCUUCUCAAUACUACCGUCUUUUGCGCCGUCAAAUUCACUGGGCCGAGGAGGAGGGUCGGCAGUUGCAGCACGACUUGGAAGACUUGCGAGCGACCACUGAAGACGCGAAUGGUAACGUAGUCAGACGCGGGACAGGCGAUGAGAAAGGUGCGGAUGAGAAUCGCCGCGCAGAGUGGCAGCACACCGAGGAGAUUGUAGACUCUGUCCUGCGUGCUGAAGCCAGCAAGACAUGGGAGAUGUUUGGGGGCAACAAAAUCGAACAGGACGAAGAUCCAUGGACAUCCCUCGAAACACUCAAGAAUGUUUCGAACGUGGGUGCAUAG